UUAAUAUUAUUGUCAUUAGGUGUUGAUAUGAGUAUGAACACUCACUUAAAGUCGGUCAAAUUGACACUGAAAGGUAGAGAGCCCCUGGCACUGGACACACUGAGUCUAAGAGGAAACAACAUCAGAUACUAUAUUUUACCUGAGAGUGUCCCUCUGGAUACAUUGCUGGUUGAUGAUACUACAAGAAGAAAAACUAAAAAGAAAGAAGUUGCUUUGGGACGUGGUAGAGGAAGAGGAAGAGGUAGGGGGCGUGGCAGGGGACGCGGUGCUCCAAGAGGACGACGAUGAAGAACUUUUAAUUAAUUUUAAUUAAAACAGCGUAACCAUUCAUGUACAUGUAUGCACAAAUAAUUGAUGAUGAUUGAGAGAAUAAGUACAAUAAUUGAUGCAGCAA